AUGAUGACUAAUAACUUAUAUGUUUUCGGCGACCAAGAUGUCAAAGUUCCAGCCCAUUUGAAUUUUGGUAAAUAUAUUUUAGACCGGAUCAGACGUAAGAAGGACGAAAUAGCAUUGGAACAUGGUGAAACACACGUGAAAGUAACAUAUAAAGAAUUUACCCAAUAUGCCGUCAAUGUGUCCACCGCUUUGACAAAGCUGGGUGUGGGGCGAGGUGACAUUGUUGCAGUGGGAUCUGAAAAACGCAAUGAAUUCGUCUCCACGGUUCUUGCGAUAGUGUUCACUGGCGCGACCUACACCCCUUAUGAUUUAAAGAGCGGUCGAGCGGUAUUGAAACAUAAGAUAACCACAACAAAACCUAAAUAUUUUAUAUGUUCUUAUCAUUUUUGGACGAUAUACAGUGACAUUUUGAAAAGUUUUGACUGCAUUAAGACAAUCAUAACAUUAGACGAUGACGACGGAAACCAUUCUUUAAUACCCAUAAGAACAUUGGUGAAGAAGGACGAAGACAUAAACAAUUUUGAACCAGCAGAAGUUCAGGGACAAUUUGACACGGCAUUUAAUUUGUAUUCUUCGGGAACCACUGGAAUGCCAAAAGGUGUGCAAUUGACACAUUUGAAUUGCAUUCUGAAUAGUCUACCUGAUGACUUUAAGGACGAGUCUCUUCAAACUGCUUUUGUAUUCGGAGAGUGGUAUCACAACUAUGAUACUUUCAUGACUUAUAAAUUCCUUGCUUUGGGAAGAAAAAUUGUAUACUUCGAUGAAGCGCUCCCUCAUUAUUUUAUAAAAUGUGUUGAAAGUUGUAAUAUUAACGUAGCCUUCUUAGUACCAUCUUUUGUUAAUUAUUUAUCAAAGUCGGAAGAAGUAGAUAAAUUUAACGUCGAUUCGCUCAAAAUCAUAUACUCCAGAUCAUCUCCACUUCACAACAAGACGAUCAAAGAAGUCAAAUCGAGAUUCCCGAAUCUCAAAAACGUUCUCCAGGGUUAUGGCAUGACUGAAGCUGGAGAAUUGACCUCAGAAAGUUGGGGAACAAAAGGUCCCAAGCCUGGAAGUGUUGGCAUGGCUACUCCUGGUAUCACAUUAAAAGUAGUGGACCCAGAAACCUGUGAAAUGCUAGGCCCAAAUCAACGAGGAGAAAUAUGCCUCAGAGGGUCGGUGUUUAUGAAAGGUUAUAUCGGUGUUGAUCCUUCAGUUUACUUGGAUAAAGAGGGUUUCUUUAAAACUGGAGAUUUGGGAUAUUAUGAUGAUGAUAAAUACUUUUAUAUCGUGGAAAGGCUAAAGGAAAUGAUUGUGUACGACGGCUACAAGGUAGCUCCACUGGAACUAGAGACUAUAAUACAAUUACAUCCUGGUGUACGCGAAGCAGGAGUAGUUGGCAAGCCCGUACCCGUCUACGGAGAAGAACCUUCAGCAUUUGUAGUAAAACAGCCUGGAGUUACCGUUACUGAAAAGGAAUUAAUGAGUUAUGUAGCUUUAGAGGUAGCGCCAUUUAUGCAACUAAGAGGUGGUGUAAAGUUCAUUGAAGAAAUACCGAGAAAUCCCAGAGGAAAAAUUGUGCGCCAACGCUUGAGAGAAAUGCUCAGAUAA